AUGUGUUUUUACAACCAGAAGCGAUAUGCCUGUGGAGACUGGAGCUGGACGAGCUUUGCUCACCGGUGCAACUACGAAUACCGUACGGGCGAAACAUGCGGCAUGAGGCUCGUCAAUAUGACUGAGAACGACAACAGCAAGUGUCGGCUCUGCGAGAAAAUCGAGACCAAAUUUCGCCGUCGUAGCGCCGAGCUUGACCGGCUGGAACGGUGGAAACGCGAGGGAGCCACGCUGAUAGCCUCGAUGGAUCGAUCUCUGAAGCUCAUCAAAGAUCUGGAUACAGAAAUCCGCUCACUGCAGAAGGAGCGCGAGGAUCGGAGGAGCACUCUCACGAGAUAG